UCUGCUGUUGCCGAGCAACAGAGGAAGCCUCGGUGUCGCUAUCGUCUCCGUCCUACAGCUUUGCUAACCGGGAUUUACACCUUUUUCCUCUGUAAAGCAAUGGAGGUGACGAUGGACCCUUUGUUUCUGGCGUGGAGCUACUUCAGGAGAAGGAAACUACAACAGUGUUCAGAUAUUUGUACAAAGAUAUUACAGGACAACCCCUACGACCAGGAUUCGUCCUUGCUUAUCUCAGAGGCUGCCUGGAGCCUGAAAACCCGUGCAAUAACAGAGAUGGUCUACAUAGAUGAAGUUGAGGUUGACCAGGAGGGGAUUGCUGAAAUGAUGCUGGAUGAGAGCUCCAUUGCUCAGGUUGCACGACCUGGAACAUCAUUGAGACUCCCUGGAACAAGUCAGGGUGGAGGUCCCACGCCAGCUGUCAGGCCUAUGACACAGUCAGGACGUCCUAUCACAGGAUUUGUGAGACCCAGCACACAGUCAGGGCGCCCUGGGACUAUGGAGCAGGCCAUCAAAACCCCUCGCACUGCAAGCACUGCUCGUCCUGUCACUAGUGCAUCUGGUAGAUUCAUCCGUUUGGGAACAGCUUCAAUGUUAACCAAUCCAGAAGGGCCUUUUAUAAACUUGUCAAGACUGAAUCUGGCCAAGUAUUCCCAAAAGCCCAGUUUAUCCAGGACACUGUUCGAGUACAUCUUCCAUCAUGAAAAUGACGUGAAAAAUGUAAGUAAUGUAAAAUAUUACUUUGCAUUCCGUUGUAAGAGUGUUAACUCUUAUUCACGUAAUAAAAAUUAUUUUGUACAGGCUCUAGAUUUGGCUGCUCAAGCUACAGAACAUGCACAGUUCAAAGACUGGUGGUGGAAAGUUCAACUGGGAAAAUGUUAUUACAGGCUUGGGCUAUAUAGAGAAGCAGAAAAACAAUUUCGCUCCGCUCUCAACCACCAAGAGGUGGUAGAUACUUAUCUCUACCUUGCAAAGGUGUAUCAGCGCCUGGAUCAGCCAGUAACAGCACUCAACCUAUUCAAGCAAGGCCUGGACCACUUCCCUGGUGAGGUCACCCUUCUAACAGGAAUCGCUCGCAUCCAUGAGGAGAUGAAUAACAUUUUAUCAGCCACAGAGUACUACAAAGAUGUCCUGAAACAAGACAACACUCACGUGGAGGCUAUAGCCUGUAUAGGCAGCAAUCACUUCUACACUGAUCAGCCCGAGAUCGCCCUGCGGUUCUAUAGACGGCUGCUCCAGAUGGGAGUGUAUAAUUGCCAGCUGUACAACAACCUGGGUCUGUGCUGUUUCUACGCCCAGCAGUACGAUAUGACUCUGUCCUCAUUUGAGAGGGCUCUGGCCCUGGUGUCCAGUGAUGAGGAGCAGGCUGACGUCUGGUACAACAUAGGACAUGUGGCUGUGGGGAUAGGGGACUUGACGCUGGCCUAUCAGUGUUUUAAGCUGACCUUGGCUUUUAAUAAUGACCAUGCUGAGGCCUAUAACAACCUGGCAGUGCUGGAGCUGCGCAAAGGUCACGUCGAACAGUCUAAAGCUUUCCUGCAAACUGCUGCAUCACUGGCCCCUCACAUGUAUGAACCACACUUCAAUCUCUGUAUUCUCUCUGAAAAGAUUGGAGACCUUCAGAGCAGCUACACUGCGGCCCAGAAGUCUGAAGAUGCCUUUCCAGAGCACGUCGACACUCAGCAGCUUCUCAGACAACUCCGGCAGCACUUUGCGGUGCUGUGAGGGUCAGACCACCACACCGGUAUUUAUCAGGCUUCCAAACAGAGAGUUAAUAAAAUAGUGGGAGGCUGGGAGGGUUAGUGAGAUAUAGAAAUCAACAAAAGGGGGUUAGGUUUAUUUAUUGAAUGGUACAAUUACACUGAACUGCCAGCUUAUGAGGUAGUUGUGUUAUAUUCCAUUGGACACAGUCAAGUGUAGUGAACGUCCAAAUUAAAUUUUGCAUUCCAACAUUGAGUCUGGAUGUGACUGGUCAUUCUCCUUUGACCCCUCUAAUCCACAAGCUGUUGUAGACAUGCUGCGCACAGAAUCACUGCUCACUGGUCAUUCUUUGCUUUUCACGCCUCUCUGUAAAUUUCUGAAACAGCAGGGUGUGAAAAGAUGACUGCAGUUUGGGAAUUACUAGAACCAAAGCGCCUGAAUACCGAAUUUAAGUUAAUACUAAGUAGUUUUUACAGUCCAUGUCAUGGUGACAUAAAAAAUGUAUAGGAAGGUAGAGGUUUUCCUGAUAAACUGGCAAUCUACUGUACAGAUUUGUACAGAAAUGCAUAUGUACAUAGUAAAGAUAUAGUAAAAUAAUUCAUAUACAUUUUCGAGUUAAUUUCAUGAAUCAGAUGUAUUUUUCGUAUUUUAAAUUUUCUUGCUAUUUUGUAGUCUCAACAGUAAAAUAAAAAAAUAUUCAGAAGA